ACAAAACAAUCAGAUUAAUAAUAAAAUACGGUAAACACAAUAAUGUACCUAAAGUAAAAUGUAAAUAAAACGUUAUUGUUGAUUUUGUUGACAAGUUUUCCACCUGUGGAUAUUAUUUUAAAAUAUUCAUCUAAAAUAAAAAGUUUAUAACUUAACAAAAUAAAUGUUAAAAAAGCCAUCACAUUAACUUAAGUGCUUUGAUUCUAAUCAUUUUAUUUUAAAUUAUCAUGAGUCUUAGAGAUUUGAAAGAUGAGAUUUAUCUCAUACUUCAAAUAAAAGAAGGUUACAGCUUUGGAUUUGCAACUUCACCUCUGGUCAUAACAGCAAACCUGGCUGGAAACAUUCAUGAGAGUUUUAUUGUCGAACCCAGCCAUCAACCUAAAUUUGAAAAUGUCUUUGUAUGGAUUAUGGAUAAAACUAAAAUGAAAAAUAUUUGGGCAGAGAAACUACCAGUGCGAAUAGAGUGUUUUUCAGUAAACCAAUCACAGCGGAGUAGAAUUGGAUACAUUAUCCUCAAUGUGAAGGAUGCUCAAAUAGCCCAGGAUGAAGCUAAAAUCACGGAGAAGCAGAUGAGAUUACUAGGGUUGUCGAGAGAUGCUUCUCUAUUAAAGCCAGAGCUUGUGUUCUCUUUCUACCUCACAGAUGUUCCUAUACAGAGUUCUCUGCUGAAGCCGCAGUUCUCGCCCAGAAUGGAUGGGUCGAGGCUGAAGGUGACCUCUGAGCCUGUGAAGGUUGUUCUGCCGCCCGGACGUGACAAUAUCACCCUCACAAUCGAUGUGAUCAAAACACACAAUCUGGAAAAGUUACUUCCUUCCCAGUCUGAAGGAGAUCUGCCCGAGAUAAAAUACUGCUACAAUCUUCUAGACAGAGACUUUGUAUCCGAUGGUAGAUUGCAAGUGUCACUACAAAGCUGUAUGUCUAGUGUCAACAACUACUUGUGUAACUCCACAGUCAGCGUCACUGUUGACAACACAACUCUAGGUCACACAGUCAUCGACAUGAAGGUAAGUCACUCAAUGUCAAUACAGCCUGCUAGACAGAGACUUUGUAUCCGAUGCCUGCUAGACAGAGACUUUGUAUCUGAUGGUAGAUUGCAAGUGUCACUACAAAGCUGUAUGUCUAGUGUCAACAACUACUUGUGUAACUCCACAGUCAGCGUCACUGUUGACAACACAACUCUAGGUCACACAGUCAUCGACAUGAAGGUAAGUCACUCAAUGUCAAUACAGCCUGCUAGACAGAGACUUUUCAGCGUCACUGUUGACAACACAACUCUAGGUCACACAGUCAUCGACAUGAAGGUAAGUCACUCAAUGUCAAUACAGCCUGCUAGACAGAGACUUUGUAUCCGAUGGUAG